AUGUUGGCUGGGAAGCGGAGGGCUCUUCUCCUCGCCAGGCAGCCUUGCAUUGCUGUGACUGGCCGCGCAGCCAUGGGUGUCGCGGUUUCGAGUUCCAAGAGCGCGAACGAGGCCGAGGCCGAAGUUGGCUCCGAGGCUGCCGAGGAGCGCCCAGCUGGGCGCUUGCAACGGUGGAGCCUCGGCAGUGACCGCAGGUGCACCCCUUCAGUUCCAGGGGUGGAUGAGGAGCUCGCCACUUGCGACAUGUGGCACGCACUCCUCUCGAAAGAGGGCUACAUACGCCUUAACAACUUCUCCGGUGUCCGGAUACGGCGUUGGUGUUCCUGGCGGCGGCAACGACAGGGAACCCCGCCGAGCGCCCCAGCUGUUUGGUGCAGUCCAGACUUGGAGGAAGACGGUGAUCCCUGGGCAACACCCUUGCAGGAGUGA